UACUAGGUGCCGUGGUUGCUUUCGGCUGUCCAGUGCACUUCCUCAGUUAGGUUUCUCCUUCGUGACCGGUUGGUGUUGCAGGCAUCUUCCUCCGGGCACCGCGCCUGCUGGCCUCCGACGCGGGGUUGCCCUUUUUCCGCCUGGCUCAGUCUCUGUUACCGUUAGCCCCCUUUGCACGCGGAGUGAUGCUCUUACAGGGCUCCGGAACCGCGGGACCGUGGGGGUGGCUGCCGCUGCUGCUGGUGGCCUGCGCGGCACGGGCCUCUGAGAUCACUUUCGAGCUGCCUGACAAUGCAAAGCAAUGCUUCUACGAGGAGAUUGUCCAGGGCACUAAGUGCACUCUCGAGUUUCAGGUGAUCACUGGAGGUCACUAUGAUGUUGACUGUCAGUUGGAAGGUCCUGAUGGUGCUGUAUUAUACAAAGAGAUGAAGAAACAAUAUGAUAGUUUCACAUUUACUGCAUCCAGAAAUGGAACAUACAAAUUCUGCUUCAGCAAUGAGUUCUCUACUUUCACACACAAAACUGUGUACUUUGAUUUCCAGGUUGGAGAAGAACCACCACUGUUUUCUAAUGAGAACAGAGCGACUGCACUUACUCAGAUGGAGUCUGCGUGUGUUUCAAUUCAUGAAGCUUUGAAGUCUGUCAUUGAUUAUCAGACUCAUUUCCGGUUGAGAGAAGCACAAGGCCGCAGCAGAGCAGAGGAUUUAAACACAAGAGUAGCCUAUUGGUCAAUAGGGGAAGCAAUCAUUCUUCUUGUAGUUAGUGUUGGGCAGGUAUUUCUCCUCAAAAGCUUCUUUUCAGAUAAAAGAACCACAACAACCCAUGUUGGAUCAUAACUUGUAGUGAUAAUGCUUCAGGUCAUUGUGCUAUUCACUUGUGAAAUUACUGUUUUCCAAUUAAUUGUAGGUACAAAGGAACUAAAUAUGUGAAACAUCUAAAUGUCUACCCCCCCCAUUGAUUAAAAUCACAAAACAUACCCCAAAAAGUUAUGAAAGGGACACCCAAUUUGAAAUAUAGAGUAAACUCAAUGUUUUCUGAUACUUGUAUUAAACAUCUGGCAAUGACCAGCCUCUCUUUGGUUUUGCUGAUUUAAUCUGAAUUUAGUUUGAAUUUACUGAUAAGAUUACCCAUCUGUGGUAUAAUGCUUUAAAAGAACCCAACAAUCUAGUGUCUGAUGUGAAGGACAAUACUCAUGAAAAUUUGAUUUGACUUAAAUUUUCAGGCUGAACGUAUUGGAUUAUAAGCAAGUUAAUGUGAUGAACUGUAGUUGCAAGAUGUAUUGCACUGUUCUGAUUUGCUGUAACAAAAAAAAAAUCCAAUCAUAUCCUUUGCUUAUUUGUAAACGCGUUGCAAGCUUGAUACUACAUGAUGGUGCAAAUUCUCCACCUGCCUGGUAAAUCUUCACCUUCAAAACCUGCUAAAUUUUAUACUUGAGUGUAUUUGCUUAAACACACUUCUCUAUAUUAAAAUAUAAUGCAUUUCCUAUUUUAGUGUUUUGCUAAACUUCUAAACCAAGACUAUGCAGGAAAUGUGCUUUCUCUAUUCAAAAACUUAAAUCUCCAAGUUGUUUUUAAAAAUGCAAUAAAAUAGGGAAUCUUGUAACUCUCACUGAAGCUGUGCAAUCUCUAUGCUUGUGCUGCUGCUCCUUGUCAUAUUUAAGACCAGAGAUAGCUUGAUUUUUAUCAAACAAUACAGCACCAGCACUGGACAGUUAUUACAUCUAUUAGGCACAUGCAAAGCUUUUUAUUAAAUUGUUUCCCUAUUAAGAAGCCCAUUUGAUAUUAAUACUGCAUUGCGUGAGUGCUGUGAACUUUAUUUCCAUUUGGUGCACUGAUACAGUAUGGCCUUGUGCAUGUAGUUGCCACUCUUCUGUUAGUGGUCAGGAAAUGUUUUAAAUAUUUUCGGGUAUCUUUUUGAUAGAUUUGUAGCUGCAUUGCUUCCACUGCUCAUGUCUUUAGUUUAUAUAUUAUAAUAAAAUCUUGUUUUAUUUGGUUGGGGAAGAUAAUAAAUGUAUGUACAUACAAGUAGCUUGAAUUGAGCUAGUCAAAAUAAGGCUAAACUUAUUCAGAUGGUUUUGGAACUCUGACCAAAUUUUAAGUGCACACAAACAAAGCUAAGAUAAACAAAUUGCUGAAUUACUAACUCUAAUUCAAAAGAAUCCACUUAAACUAGUUUUCAGCAAGCAGAGAAAGAAUGCUCAGUCCUCAUUAAAUGCCUGUAUUUUUUUCCAGCAAAAAAUUGACAAGUUAAACAUACACGUGUCCAAGUGGCACUUGGACACUCUGAAUAAUUGAUCUAAGAUGACCUCACUUUAAAAUGAUGUGGUAGUUAGACAAAAAAUUUUUUCUGUUUUAAACUGAUAAACUACUCUUUCAGAACUGAAGAAAAAAACCUUUAACACUUUAAAAAUUAGUUACAAGGUCACAGGAGUAUUAAAAAGCUUAAUGUAUACUAUAUUCAGAAUUAUGUAUAAUGUCCUAUCUUGUACCGAACUUGAAAUAUUGCAGUCCCAUUUUUGAGGUGCAGCCUUCCCUGAAAUUGUGACAUAAUCUCUGAUCAGAAAACAAAAAAGCCAGUGCUUUCUUUUUAUGCCUGCACACAGUAGUCUUGAUUGUACCUAUAUGCUUUAUCCUUAUGUUUUGGCAACUGAUCUUCAGUAUUUUUUGUUUCAUUACACAAAUGGUACAGUUUAGGUGCAAGAGUCAGAUAAAAACAUGGUUUAAUAUUGAUAUUUUGACUAAUCUUCUGAAGCCUGAAUAUCACUUGUUGAGUAGCUUUAAUCACAACAAAAGCAUUUUUUUCAAAAAUUAAAAUUUAUUUUCCCCCACUAAGUCAGUUCUGUGUACUGUCAAAAUCAGUAAACAAUGGGGUAAACAAAGUAUUAGCUGGCUGUCACAUACAUGUCUCUAAUUUUCCUUAAUGUUUGAAUGUGUUGGAUGUGGCUGUUUAGAUCAGUAUUAUUACAGCUGAGGUUUAGUGGACUUGAAUUUUGCAUUGAAGUUAGGUAUCUGAACCAAACCUCUGGUAUAAUGCUGUAUAAUAUGCAGUAAUAGCUUAAAAAUGCCUUUAUUUUGGGGUUAUGAAAAACAUGAUACACAAUUUUAUAUUUUUUUUAAAUAAGUGAUUGGAUAGGAUAUGAAUAAAACACAUGCUACCACUUACACUGGGUAAAGAAAUGCUUUGUGAUUUUUUUUCUAUUUUUUCUUUAUUAUUUUUUUUGUUAAAGGUGCAUAUAUACAAAGAAUAGUUCAAUCAGUGGUGUGAUAGACAACUAAAUCACCCUGUGUUAAAUGAGAUAAAGCUGUUUUCAUGUCCUUAAAUGUUAGUUUUUGGGGUGGGGUGGGGUUUUGAAUAAGGCAAAAAGACCCUGUGAAUAUUGUAUGGGGAAAAUACAAACUAAUAUAAAUGUAACCUGAUUUGUUAUUCAAACCUUUUUGGAAGAAUAAUGCUUCCCUACUAAAUGAAAACAAAACAAUUUGAGAAGUCAGCCAGUAUGUUAACACGUUACCUUCAAAAGUGUCAAUCUACCUGACAUUUGAUUGUGACUUCUGUUACUGUACACUGAUAAUUGUACAAGUUGACUGCUAUUCAUAAUUAGACAUGCUUUAAGGCCAUUGGAAAAACUCAAAUUAGGGAAAAAUGGUGUGGUUGCUAGCUCUUUGCUCAUCACAUUAUCAGUGCAUGUAAUAGUAAUUAUAAACCUGUUACUGUUUGUCAUGGUUUUAGGUGGAAUAGAGUUAAUUUUCUUCACUGCAGCUGGCAUAGUGCUGUGUUUUGGACUUAAUAUGAAAAUAAUAUUGAUAACACUGAUGUUUUAGUUGUUGCUGGGUAGUGCUUGUACUAGUCAAGGACUUUUUCAGCCUCCCAUGCUCUGCCAGAUGCACAAGAAGCCGGGAGGGGGCACAGCCAAGAAAGAGGAUCCAAACUGACCAAAGGGAUGUUUUAUAUCAUAUGAUAUUAACUGGGGGGAGUUAGCCAGGGGAAGUGGCGAUCGCAGCUUGGGGACCGGCGGUGUCAGUUGGUGAGUGGUUGCAUUGCUUGUUCUUUGGGUUUUUUCCCCUCCUCCUGAAGUUUCACACCCCUCUCUCUCUCUCAUUAUUUCCAUUUCAUUGUUAUUAUUGUAAUUACUACUGUUUUAUUUUAAUUAUUAAACUGUUCUUAUCUCAA